UAUAUAUUUUUUUUUUUCCCUUGUUUUGUCUUUGGUCGUGGGCCUAAUUCCUCCAAUAAUUCUGUUUUUGUAUUCUUUAGAAUUACCUGAUAAGAUUCUACAAUCUGGAAUAUAAUCCUCCUAAUCCUUCAGCCCUAAAGCCGGAUCCACUGCCCGAGAAAUUGAAAGAGAUGCAGAGGUUUUUUGGGCUCAAGGUCACUGGAACGGUGGACAAAGAAACACUGGAGGUGAUGAAGAAGCCCCGCUGUGGAGUUCCAGAUGUUACUGCAUACUCCACUUUUGGAGGCGGAUCCAAAUGGCAGACCAACAAGCUCACUUACAGGAUUGUGAACUACACUCCUGACAUGUCAGUUGCUGAAGUAGAUGAAUCCAUUGAGAAAGCCCUGCAGGUCUGGGCAGGUCAAGUCACUCCUCUGAGAUUCACCCGUAUGUACAGUGGCACAGCUGACAUCAUGAUCCUCUUUGCUACAAAAAGUCAUGGCGAUGCAUUCCCAUUUGAUGGACGAAAUGGUGUUUUGGCUCAUGCAUUUGCUCCUUCCCCUGGAAUUGGUGGAGAUGCACAUUUCGAUGAUGAUGAGUUUUUCACUUUCCGCUCAAAAAGGGGUUUUGUCUUGUUCUUGGUGGCAGCCCAUGAAUUUGGUCACUCUUUGGGUCUUACUCAUUCCAGUGUUCCUGACGCUCUGAUGUUUCCCACUUACAGCUUCACUGAUCCGGAUCGAUUCUCCCUGCACACUGAUGACAUCAGAGGGAUUCAAUCGCUCUAUGGAGCCCCCAUCCAACCUGAUCCAGUAUUACCAACAACUCCUAAAUAUUGUAAUCUGGUCUUGGAUGCAGUUACAACUUUUAGGGGAGAAACGAUGUUCUUCAAGGACAACCUUGUCUGGCAUAGUCCUCCGAGCGGAAGUGUGGCGCAACAUCUAAUCAAGAAUUUGUGGCCCAACGCCCCGGAUAAUAUAGAUUCUGCUUACGAGCAUCCAGUGGAAAAACUUUUCCUAUUCAAAGGUAAACAAGUCUGGGCUUUUAUUCGCAACAGUCUUGAGCCGGGCUAUCCCAAGACUCUCAGCAGCUUUGGUCUGCCACGAUCUGUGACAAAAGUUAGUGCUGCCGUCCAUGACAAAAACUCAGGAAAAACACUGCUCUUCUUUAACAAGUAUUACUAUAGCUAUGAUGAGAAGAUGAAGAAGAUGGACAAAGGGUAUCCCAAACGACUGGAAGAUGGAUUUCGAGGGGUGACUGCAGAGGUUACAGCAGCCCAUCUGUCUAACAGGAACAUUUAUCUCUUCAGUGGGACAAAGGUGUUUGAGUUCAGCAGGAGCAGGAAGCUCCUCCGUGUGCUGAAUAAUAAUUACUUCCUGUCCUGUUAUGGAGUGUAAUUACAGUACUUAAUGCAUGUGCAUAGGAAACUUAAAUUAAAAUGAAUUAAUUGCUCAUUGUAUUUCUGCAAUCUGCUGAUCAAAAUUGUCACUGGACUUCUAUUUUACUACUGUUAACUUUUUAAAAGAAAGUGUAUUUAUUAGUGCUGUCAAAAUUAGCACGUCAACGCAUGCGAUUAAUUUUUUCAGUUUAACGCGUUAAAAAUAUUUAACACAGUUAACGCAUUUUAUGUCAUAAUUUAGGUAGCGUUACAUUAUAUGAUCACGCUCUUAUUCACGCAAAUGCUUUUAAACCAUUCAAGCGCCACAAGACAGGCGCUGUCUGUGAUAUGGAAGGUCAAAUCGUUCAAAAAUGCAUGAAU